UGCGGUGACGUUACCAUGACCUCACAAACAUGGCGGCGCCCGUUAGCAGGUAUAGUUGGUUCGUUUCCGUUUCUAGAAAAGUGGGAAGUUAUCUAUUUAAUUCAGUUUUCAUCGCCCAUGCGGCGACGUGCGGUAACAACAUGGACUCGGAGAGACCAACCAAGCUGGAGUUUGCGGUGCAGAUGACAUGUGAGAGCUGCGCAGAUAAAGUCAGAGCUACUCUGGAGGGUAAACCGGGAGUGAAGUCUGUCAGUAUCGAUGUCAGUAAGGAGGAGGUGUUGGUGGAAUCUGCUCUGACCAGUGCAGAGGUGCAGGCUCUGAUAGAGAGCAGCGGACGCAGGGCCGUGCUGAAAGGCAUCGGAGGAUCAGAGCAAGACCUGGGUUCAGCAGUGGCCAUGCUGGCUGGUGUGGGAAAGAUCCAAGGGGUGGUGCGUUUCCUGCAGCUGUCUGAGGAGCGUUGCUUGAUUGAUGGAACCAUUGAUGGGUUGGAGCCAGGACCCCACGGCCUCCAUGUCCACACCCUGGGGGACCUCACACUAAACUGCCUCAGUUGUGGGGAGCACUAUAACCCCUUUGGAAGACAACAUGGCGGUCCAUGGGACUCUGAAAGGCAUGUAGGUGAUCUGGGAAAUAUUGUUGCUGGACCAGAUGGCAGAGCCUCAUUUAGACUAGAGGACCAUCAGCUAAAGGUAUGGGAUGUGAUUGGCCGAUCGCUGGUAGUAGAUGCAGGGGAGGACGACCUGGGUCGAGGCGGUCACCCUCUCUCCAAACAGACUGGAAACUCUGGGGAAAGACUGGCCUGUGGGAUCAUCGCCCGAUCAGCAGGUCUUUUCCAAAACCCCAAACAGAUUUGUGCCUGUGACGGGGUCACGCUGUGGGAGGAGAGAGACAGGCCGAUAGCUGGGAAAGGUCGUAGCAAGGCCAACACAGAGACGCCGGCAGCACACCUCUGAACCUCUGACCAAACAUAUCUGUAACCUGUGUUGGGCAGUUUGAACAGAAAAAGCACCUUGAAGAGAAAUGCAGAGGACAUUAGUCAACACAGGGACAGAGCUGGAGCGAGGAAGACGGAGCACUGAGGAAUAUGUUUCCAGACAGCUGGACAGAUGACCAAAGAUAAAUGGCUUUAUUUUCUUGAAAUCUUUCUCUGUGAUAAUUCUCUUGCAGUCGCAGUUAGUGUCCUCUGAGGAUUAUAAAAGCACUAAAGCAGAUUAAAACAGCCUGUGAGUAAAAGUCACCUCUGAUUAGCUAGAUGUCCGUUAAUACUAUUAUAUGUUUGUAUAACCAGUCGCCACUGACACAACUGUCUCAUCAGUCUAAAUUGAUGCGCUUGUUAAAUUUGAGGUAUCCAUUUUGGUUGUGUACUGGCUGGGAUGAAUGCACUUCAGUUUGCUAUUAAAGUUAAUCAUGCAAGCCUCUCAAGAGUAGUAGUAAAAACACAUUACACUGCUAACAUCCUGCUAUUCUCAUCACAUCAGCUAACUUAGAGAUUCCCAACCAGGGGUAUUUGUACACAAGGGGGUACGUCUGCAGUCUAGUGGAUACGUGGGAACAUUGUGGAGUAGUAUAAAAUGCUGUGAUGCUGAACUUAAGUAUAUUUACUAUCACAAAGAUUAGUAGCCUUCCAGCUACUGUGUGCAGCCAUGGAUCUGCUAGAGCAUUGUUAACUUGGGGGCUUGAAGGAUUGUGUUCGGCUGUUUUUUCAACAUGGAGUUUGAGUGUACAGGUCCUUCAUUGUUGCCGCAACCAACUUUAGAGCCAUACAAUGCAGGAAACUGGCACUUUUUUGGAGGCCAUUUUCUGCUUAAAAUCUUCUGCUGUCUUCACUUGUCAGAAAUUGUAGAAUAAUGUACAAAACUUCUACCUGCUGACACUUUCUGUUAACAACGCAUAUUUUUACUCUUGAUGAAGGCAUUAAUAUUGGGACACUGUGUGCACCUAUUGGACAUAUGAGUGUGUGUAGCAGGUUUUGCAUUGAUUUUCCAAAUUGAGCAUCUGUCUUGUCCUGGUGAUGCCUGAAUAAGCUUAUUGAAUGUUCCCCCAAAUGUUCAGUCGGUGUCCUUUUUCCAUUUGUGUCUGUGGGCUGUAAACGCACGGCUGUAACUUGAAUGUAGGGCUGCAGCUAAUGAUUGUUUAUAUUAUUGAUUGAUGAGGAUUGUUGUUGCUUUUGUUGUUGCUUUUUAUAAUUUUGUCUUUAAAAUGUCAAACAGUGAAAAUGUCCUUACUUCCCCACCAUCAAUCAAAAAAUAUCAUUAUUUUACAGUGAUAUAAAUCAGAAUCAGAGGAGUGUCUGGUAUUUUUGCUUGAUAAAUUACUUAUCAACAUUUGUGCUGAUUCAUUUUCCAGUACUGCUUGAGUGUGUGUGUGUGUGUGUGUGUGUGUCUGUGUCUGCAUUAGCAGUACUUUUGCACUUGAUCUGUCCUCCUGUGGUUAAACAAAUGUCAUAUUUUUUUCAUAGCACAUAAUGAACUCUUUAAUUGAACUCACUCACUGGUUGCCUGUCCCUUUGGAGCAGAACCCUGUGGUUUUGUGGUAACCUUUAUUCUUCUAGUGGCUCUAAUAAAUUAAAACAGGCUUAUA